GCCUGCACCCGCGUCCUCCCGCACCGGCCCGGGGCAGGGCCCCAAGGGACCACGACGAAUAGGAACCCGAGGAGGAGAUUGUGAAGGUGAUCUCUCAUGAAACUGAUUUGAAGUUAUCUUGGAGAUAUUUCUAUAUUUAUAUAUUUUAAAGAAUUUUUGCAUUUUAUUUAAAGUGCCAUGAGAAAAUUUGCAUAUUGUAAGGUGGUCCUCGCCACCUCCUUGAUUUGGGUACUUCUGGAUAUGUUUCUGCUGCUUUACUUCAGUGACUGCAACAAAUGUGAUGAGAAAAAGGAGAGAGGACUACCUGCUGGUGAUGUUCUAGAACCAGUACAAAAACCACAUGAAGGUCCUGGAGAAAUGGGAAAACCUGUCGCCAUUCCUAAAGAAGAUCAAGAAAAGAUGAAAGAGAUGUUUAAAAUCAAUCAGUUCAAUUUAAUGGCGAGUGAAAUGAUUGCACUCAACAGAACUUUACCGGAUGUUAGAUUAGAAGGAUGUAAAACAAAGGUAUAUCCUGAUAAUCUUCCUACAACAAGUGUGGUGAUUGUCUUCCACAAUGAGGCUUGGAGUACACUUCUAAGAACUGUCCAUAGUGUAAUAAACCGAUCACCAAGACACAUGCUAGAAGAAAUCGUUCUGGUAGAUGACGCAAGUGAAAGAGAUUUUUUAAAGAGACCUCUGGAGAGUUAUGUGAGGAAAUUGAAAGUCCCAGUUCAUGUAAUUCGAAUGGAGCAGCGUUCUGGACUGAUCAGAGCCAGAUUAAAGGGAGCUGCUGUUUCUAAAGGCCAGGUCAUUACCUUCUUAGAUGCUCAUUGUGAGUGUACAGUAGGAUGGCUGGAACCACUUUUGGCAAGAAUCAAAGUCGACAGGAGAACUGUUGUGUGCCCUAUCAUUGAUGUUAUCAGUGAUGAUACUUUUGAGUACAUGGCAGGCUCUGAUAUGACAUAUGGUGGUUUCAAUUGGAAGUUGAAUUUCCGCUGGUAUCCUGUUCCCCAGAGAGAAAUGGACAGAAGGAAAGGUGAUAGAACACUUCCUGUCAGAACACCUACAAUGGCAGGAGGUCUUUUUUCAAUAGACAGACAUUACUUUCAAGAAAUUGGGACAUACGAUGCUGGAAUGGAUAUUUGGGGAGGAGAAAAUCUAGAAAUUUCCUUUAGGAUUUGGCAAUGUGGGGGCACUUUAGAAAUUGUGACCUGCUCACAUGUUGGCCAUGUGUUUCGGAAAGCUACACCUUACACAUUUCCUGGAGGCACUGGGCAGAUCAUCAACAAAAAUAACCGACGACUGGCAGAAGUUUGGAUGGAUGAAUUCAAGAAUUUCUUCUAUAUCAUUUCCCCAGGAGUUACAAAGGUAGACUAUGGAGACAUAUCAACAAGAGUUGGGCUAAGGCACAAAUUACAGUGCAAACCUUUUUCAUGGUACCUGGAAAAUGUUUAUCCUGAUUCCCAAAUCCCACGCCAUUAUUUUUCUUUGGGAGAGAUCCGAAAUGUAGAAACAAAUCAGUGUCUAGAUAACAUGGCAAGAAAAGAAAAUGAAAAAGUAGGAAUUUUUAACUGUCAUGGUAUGGGAGGCAAUCAGGUUUUCUCCUAUACUGCCAACAAAGAAAUCCGCACAGAUGACUUAUGUUUAGAUGUCUCCAAACUUAAUGGCCCAGUCACAAUGCUAAAAUGCCACCAUCUUAAAGGCAACCAGCUUUGGGAAUAUGACCCAGUGAAGUUAACCCUGCAGCAUGUGAACAGUAAUCAGUGCCUGGACAAAGCCACAGAGGAGGACAGCCAGGUGCCCAGCAUUAGAGACUGCAGUGGGAGCCGAUCUCAACAAUGGCUCCUUCGAAAUGUCACCCUUCCAGAAAUCUUCUGAGACACUUAUUAAAAAAACAAUUAAGGAUUGACUGGGCUACCUCAGCACACAUUUCUGCCACAUUCUUAAGUAGCAAAAAAGGAAAAGUGCUUGCCUGCUCUGCAGGAUGCCAGGUUUAUCAGCCAUUAAAACUUUGACUCUCGCUUUUCACUAGCUGUGAACCAGCCUUCCUUUCUAAGGACGUGAAACUACAUACUAGUGAAACUGUGCACACUGAUGUUUACAAGAUUGAAAGAGUCUUUCAUCAAAGAAUCAUUGUAGAAAAUAUUUAGACAAUGAAAACUUAACCAACGAAAUAUGCUCUCUGGAGAGCUGCACAUAUUGUUAUAGUUUGCUUUGCACAUCAGUAAUUUCUGCUGAAAGUGCUAUCAUAAUGAAGAGAUUUCCAAGAUUUUUUUUCGUAAUUAAAACUGGUAACCAGCAUAUGAAAUAUUGAUAUAAGAAAAAUGAAACAGCUGGAACCAGAUUCAGUAUCAUGAAGUAACAUUUUUACAGCAAAAACUAUAUUAAACAGGGUUUAAAGGAGAUUAAAUCAAAACUAUGAGAAGUACAAUUUGUUAUAGUAUAGUAUCAAAUUUAUAUGUAGAUUUUAUACCUCAGUGGGGAAAAAUAACUGAUUCCAAUGACAUUCUUUUAUUUUCAUCUGUGUGAUAGUCAUGGAUGCUUUUUUUUUUUUCCUGGGGUGCUGAAAUUAAUUGAGCUGAAAAAAAAAAAUUUGGCUCUUUGAACAUCAGUUCAUUUUUCCACACUUUUUUAUUUGUAUUUGGUUUGUGGGCUGUUGGAAUUGUAACUUUUUUAUUGCCUUCUAAGAAACGGAGGUUUAGCGUAAUGUCUAACUUGUUCAGUUUAGACCAAGCAUCUCAUUUGCUCUUGGGUCACCUGGCUUGUGGACUUUUCACAAACAAAAAAAUUUCUUAGUGCAUUUUCAAUUUCUUAACUUAACUUGACUGAUUAUGCUUAAUACCCAAGACUCAUACUACUGUACUACAGAUUUGUUUUCAUAGCAAUAAAUCUUUGGUUAUUUGUUUAUGAUUCCAGUCAACAAAAGGCCUGCAAAAGUGGUUUAUUGUUUGGGUAAGUGGAGAUAACAUAGUUGAAGGUUUUCUGGAAAACCUUUUUCUGCUCCAUACUCAAAUGUGCUUCAUUGUCAAGUGCAUACUUAGAUUAGACCCUCGAAUUGUAAUGUUGAUCUGCUGCUUUUUUUUUUUUUAAUAAAAUCUGACAGAAAAUGUUUAAUUGGAAUUUUUUUUAAUAAAGUAACCAAAGAAGUGCUCCAUAUAACAGCCCUGCAUUUCUUACCUAAAUUCCAUUUUAGUUAAAUCCAUUUGGAUUUUUCUAAUUUUUGAACCACAAGAUAAUCUGAGCUUAUAAGUUGGCAGAAAUCUUUUUUAAAAAACCCAGUUCUUUGAUAUGUACAAGUUUUUCAUCCUAUUUGCAAGAUUCAUAUUUAACUGUUAUUCCUUUUGUUGAUGAUAUUCUAAGAUUCACUGCUGGCAGUGUUAUUUCCUGUACUUAACAACAAAUAUUGCUGAAAAUAACUUCAUCAUCAAGGGUACCUGCCAUGUUGAUUGUAUAUAUAUUGUCCAGUAAUCUAUUUAAGUUAACUAAUAUGUAUUGCGCAUCCAUAGGAUCCCCUAUACUAGGUGCUCGUGGGUGCACUACAAAUCAGAGUAUGCAGACCAGGCCCCCAUGGAGCUUUUAGUCUACUCUAGAAUAUGAAACAUAUCAUGGAUUUUUUUUUUUUUCUGUCCAACUGACUUUGUCAAUUCCAUCUUUCUGUGGAACUUAUGCUUUAAUAAUCUAGGCCUAUUAUUUACAAGUAAAUUUUGUGACCAAAAAUUUCUGCUUCAGUAGUGUGCUAUAGCCUGGAAUUACCCUAUUAUAAGAGAGCCAUGGAGCAAUGAGAUUUAACUUCUGGGACAUUAUUGUUAAAACGUGAUAGAUAACCCCAUUGCUUUCUCUUUUUUUCCUUUUUCUUUUUUUUUUUUAAUUAAAAAAUAAAAUCCUGAAUAAUGUCUUGAAA